GACGAUGAGCUGAAGUACACUCUCAGGCGCCUGGUGGAAGGACUGGGAGCCACCCGAGAGGCCGCCCGCCCAGGCUUCAGCUUGGCCCUGGCACAGGUUUUGCAGGUGUUUGAGGAAAUUCCGAUGUGCAGUGUCCUGGAACAGAUAAAAGAAAAACACAAUCUGGAAAAAGUGAAAAAAAAACUUGUGAGAAAUGCUGCUUUUGGAAAUUUUUUUGGAGUGAUGGCUCUGUUUCAAUGUGGCCGACUUGUUAAGGACCAGAAAGCUCUGUUGGAGAGCAUCCAGCUUCUCCAGCAGCUGACACAUCACCAAGCCCAUCUCAGAGAUCUCCCUCGCAAAACUCUUAUUGACAUCAUGUCUGAGGUUCCUGAAACUCUGUUUGAGGAGGUCCUGUUUGACAUCUUAAAGAGUGACCUUGCUUCAGCCUUCACAUCUCCAGACAACCUGCAUCUUUUGCUUGUGGGCAUACAGAAAUUCCCUGGUGUUCUGAAACCUAAAAAUCUGAAAAAGCUGUUUGGCUUGCCUACUGUUUUAAAUGAGGAAAAUAUUCCCAGACUUGUAGAGCUUCUGCGAAGUGCUGCAAAGUCUGAGAAGGACAAGAAAUUGUCCAGUGUAGCGUUUAAUUUGCUACAAGUUUCACUGAAGGAAGGUGCCUUUGAACUGUUCUGGAAAGAAGGUGUGGAGAAUCAGCUGUUGAAGGAGAAAUGUGGACCCGAGAGUUACAUGUGCUACCGGCUGCUGGGUAGUGCUCUCCCCUUGUUGUCUCUGGAUCAGCUACAGAUGGUUCUCAAAGGGAAGGUGAUGCAGCACUAUGGAGAACAUGUGGUAACAACUCAG